AAAGGCUGUGUAUAAACCGACAGGAGAGAAUGAAAUGAUAACUGAAAAACGAAAGCAAAGGCAAGGCCAAGGCCUUCUCCGACACGACUGAGCUUCUCCCUCGGUCCUAGAUUGUCUUCUGGAUCUCAAUCCCUCCGGAACCGGUGCGUUUAGCACCCUGUAGCUUCAGAUUCAUCCAGAUCGAUGACUACCCACUUGCCCCCCCUGUGCCAGGCUUCCCCAAUUAAAUCUCACUCGCUCGCUCUUGUAAAAUGUUUCAAAGAAUAGGAGAGUGAUGGCGGCAGCAGAAGCAAGAGUUGUAUGGCAGAGAACAGCUAAUCGGUGCUUUGUCCAAGAAGAUGCGAAAAGAGCUCCCAAGUUAGCUUGCUGCCAGUCAUCAUCUUCAGCAUCCGAACAAGUUGAUGCUAUACCUAACAAUACAGCUGAAUGGCCAGAUCGUCCUGCAUCAGGUUUUAUGCCAAACAGGAAUUCUUCAUUUUCCAAUCUAUCACCUGACACAAGAUGGUGGCUCCAAUUGCAACCUAGCUAUGGGUACCAAAAGGGUGUAACUUAUGAACAGUUGAAUGCAUUGGAGGCUGAAGUGGAAACCUUAAGAGCUGACUCUGCAAAUUCAACAACAAAUAUGUCUGAUGAGGUCAACCCGCAAAAAGAAGACAUUAUUCAUAUUGAAGAUCAUAAGAGCAGUGAAUGUUCUCUUGAUAUGCAAUAUGGUCUCUCUCCUGUUCGUAUGAAUACAGCUUCUGAAGUAAGAAAGCAAGAGGUACAGGCUCUAUGUAGUAAGAAUCCCAAGGAAUAUCUCGAACUAAGGGACAUGAGUGGAAAUUAUGAAUUUGUGGGUAUGGAUCGUGUUGGUUGUCCAGUUUCCAAGCAAGCCAAUGAGUUUUGCUUGGAUCCAGAUUCUCCGUGGAUUGGGAGUAGUAAGACCGAGCCAUGGUGGCGAACAACAGAUAAAGAUGAAUUGGCCUCCUUGGUCAUGAAGAAUUCACUUAACCAUAUCGAAAAUUGUGAUCUUCCCCCACCUCAGAAAAUGUAUGUAAGGAGACACCCAUAUGCUCAUAGUGGGUGCUUUGACCAUGAUGAAGCAUUGGCAUCGUCUUUUGAUUGGAAGGCCCAAACUAGUAGUAUUUCCAAUAGGACUCAUGUACAGGUCUGUCCUGAUUCUUUAAAAACACAUGGAAACGAGAGGGCUUCAUCUGAAGGACGGUGUUCACAAUGUGGUUCUGACAAGUCAUUCAGCAGUUAUAGUACAAACCACAAGGAUAUUAAAGAGAUGCCACAAGUUUCUGAAGGUGACCCUUGCAAAGCUCAGCUGAUGGAAGCACUCUGCCAUUCUCAAACACGUGCAAGGGAAGCUGAGAGGGCAGCAAAGCAGGCUUAUGCUGAGAAGGAGCACAUUCUUAAGCUCUUCUUCAGACAAGCCUCACAACUAUUUGCCCAUAAGCAGUGGUUCAAACUGCUGCAGCUGGAAACCCUUUAUAUUCAGAUUAAGAAUAAUGACCCGUCAAUUUCCGCCCUAUUUCCUGUGGUCGCUCCGUGGACGUCUUACAAAGGAGGUCGGAAACAGCGGAAAAGCUGGCAGAAGGCUACCAAGGGGAGAAGAGUCAAGCGAGGGCGACCCGUACAUGAUAUCAAAAAGUACGCUGCUGCUUUUGCAUUAGGGUUGAGUCUUGUUGGCGCCGGCUUGCUCCUAGGAUGGACUGUAGGGUGGAUGUUACCUCCUUUCUAGUGUACAGAGUUUCGACCAAAACCCUGCAUCUUGUGAAGAUUUAUUUACCAGGGGAAGUUGCUGCUUUAAAUUUAUGUUGUAUGCAUGUAUGUAUCUUCGUAGAUUCUUAGGUUGCCUAAUGUGAAUUCUCUGUUGUACUUUGUACCUUCUGUGCAAAAGUGCGAUGACAUUCGUGUAUAUGUUGGAGCGAAAUGUUCUGAGAUUGAAAACAUCUAAAGAAAAAACUGUCUUUGAUAA